AUGGAUAACGCGUCUGCCUACGGAGCAGAAGAUUGCAGGUUCGAAUCCUGCCGUGGUCGAGAACUUUUCGCUCCUCGCCUUUUUCGUCUGCGAAUCUCCGUUGGUGUGCCACGAUAUCCAUCCACAGUAGGCCGCGUGGCGCAAUGGAUAACGCGUCUGCCUACGGAGCAGAAGAUUGCAGGUUCGAAUCCUGCCGUGGUCGAGAACUUUUCGCUCCACGCCUUUUGGUCUGCCAAUCUCCGUUGGUGUGCCAUGAUAUCCAUCCACAGUAGGCCGCGUGGCGCAAUGGAUAACGCGUCUGCCUACGGAGCAGAAGAUUGCAGGUUCGAAUCCUGCCGUGGUCGAGAACUUUUCGCUCCUCGCCUUUUGGUCUGCUAA